AUGAGGUUAAGGAAGUAUUUAAGAGGCAAUGGGAGAGUCCUGGCUUUUGUAUUUAUCGCAUCUGUAAUCUGGCUUUUUUUUGACAUCGCAGCACUGCGAAUCUCCAUGAAUGAAGCGAAUCAGGAUCUCAAAGAGAGAGAGAUUGUACUAAAACAGGGAAGGAGGAAAGACAAUGUGGAGCAUGUGUUCAAAAAUCCACUCCAAAAAGUAAACAAGAGGGAUUUAUUUAAAAAUAGCAACCGGUUUGAAAGGAAAGUUGAUCAGGUUUACAGAAAGUGGCCAAAGGUGAGGCCAGAAAAUCAAACCAAAGUUAAUCUAAUUGUGAACUCAAAUGUGAAAGGAACCAUUAUUAGCAUCCCUGAAAAAAUAAAUCAGUCAAAAACUGUUGAUAUUUAUGGCAAUGUGAACAGUAUCACUGCAAAGAUAAACAAAAUAAAAGCUGCUGUUAAUGGACAGACAGAAGCAAAUCCAUAUGUUAGGGCACAUUUACUUACUAAAGCACUACCUGCUGUCCAUCAUAAAAUCCAUCCUUCUGUACUCAAAGAAGAGAGUGUAAAAAAAGGACAUCACAUUAAUGACACACUAGCGAUGUUGCAAAAUGAAGUACAUGCAGAUGUGAGUUUACAAAAUAACUUGAUUAAUGAAUUGCUUAAAACGGUAGACAGUGACAAAGCGAAUAACAUUCUUGACUAUACAGUGAAACAUGUCAGUACUUUCAACAAAACAAAACCAGACAUUAUUAAAAAUCUAAGUGAACUGAAGGACCCAGCUCGGAACCCAGCAGAGGAGGCAGUACGAGUACUGCACUCUACAAGUGUGCAGGUGAGGAGGUCAGGAGGGCAUCAUAAGGUUAUGGCCCUAGAUGUGACAGACAGGCCCAGAGAUCCGAGGGCUGUGGGACAGUUUGGACAGCCUGCAAGUGUUCCCAGAGAUAAAGAACUGGAGAGUCGUAGACGCUGGAGUGAAGGAUUUUUUAAUGUAUUCCUGAGUGAACAGAUACCAAUAGACAGAGCGAUCCCAGACACCAGACCUCAAAUAUGUUCAGAAAACCUUGUGCAUGAUGACCUGCCCAGUACCAGUGUGAUCUUCUGUUUUGUGGAUGAGGUCUGGUCCACUCUGCUGCGCUCCGUGCACAGUGUGCUCAACAGGUCUCCUCCACACCUGCUGAAAGAGAUUAUUCUGGUGGAUGACUGCAGCACCAAAGACUACCUGAUGGAACAGUUGGAUGUUUAUAUGUCUCAGUUCCCUAAAGUACGAAUCAUCCGUCUAAAAGAGAGACAAGGCCUAAUCAGAGCCAGGAUAACAGGGGCCGCCGCUGCUACAGGUGAAGUGUUGACAUUCCUGGACUCUCACAUUGAGUGUAAUGUGGGGUGGCUAGAGCCAUUGUUAGAAAGAAUUUACCUCGACCACAAAAAAGUGGUCUGUCCUGUUAUUGAGGUCAUCAGUGAUAAGGACAUGAGUUACAUGCUUGUUGAUAACUUCCAAAGAGGCAUUUUCAGAUGGCCGCUGGUGUUUGGCUGGAGCGCGCUACCUCAGGAAUAUAUUAGAAAGAACCAGGUCAAGGAUUCAGACCCCAUCAGAUGUCCUGUUAUGGCAGGGGGUCUUUUCUCAAUAGACAAGAACUAUUUCUAUGAGCUGGGGGCAUAUGAUCCAGGCCUGGAUGUCUGGGGUGGGGAAAACAUGGAAAUCUCUUUCAAGAUCUGGAUGUGUGGUGGAGAGAUUGAAAUCAUCCCCUGUUCACGUGUCGGACAUAUCUUCCGUGGCGAUAACCCUUACAAGUUCCCCAAAAACCGUGUGAAGACAGUCGAAAGAAACUUGGCCAGAGUUGCAGAGGUGUGGCUGGAUGAAUAUAAAGAGCUAUUUUAUGGCCAUGGUUACCACCACCUGCUGGACAAAACUGAGAUAGGAAAUCUGACAGAACAGAUUGAGCUGAGAAAAAAACUCAAGUGUAACAGCUUUAAAUGGUACUUGGAGAAUGUCUACCCGGAUCUGGACGCCCCUCUGGUCAAAGCAGAAGGACUGAUUUUCAGUGUUGGAACCAGGAAAUGUUUGGUAUUUCACAGGGACAUUUUAUUUUUUGAUAAAUGUGAUCUCAGUAAUAAGAGUCAACACUUCAGCUACACCUGGUUAAGGAUGCUUCGACAGAACACUUCCUGUUUGGCUCCUCAGGAAAAAAAGAUUAUCAUGGAACCAUGUGAAAGCACUAAGCCACAUCUCCGCUGGAUACAUAAGUCUAAAGGUUUAGAGGAGCAUGUGAUGUUGGAGGGUCAUUCCAGAUCCAAAUGUCUGGAAGCAGGAGUUAAAGCUGACAGCAUCUUCCUUACGGACUGUGAUCCUGUCAAUAAUUUUCAGAAAUGGCAGUUUACACACUACUACGCUGAGUGAGAUGCUCAAUAAUC